UUAUAUUUAUCUCUUGUUUAUCUCAGACAGGCGCACCCCCCGAUUGUUCCUUACUGUAUGUAUCUCUACACAUGACUACCUACAGGGCGAGACCAUUUUCUCCGUGCGUGUUUUUACACUCAUCUUCUUUAUGUAUGUGAUACUGGCCGUCGCAUUUUGUUAUUACAGUCUGUCUAUCAUUUUUAUUUUUCGCGAGCCGAUAUGGUUGCGAGGAAGCUAUAUUUAUAUUCUGAUUUACUGGCGACCUCUCUUCUCAGCAUGUGUAUUUCUUGAAACUGUUUUCCAUGGGAAAGAGGUAUUGAACAUGCUGCGUCUCGGAACUUGUUCGGUUAGCUGGAAUGAAAGACAGCUAGGGAUACAUGUUUGGCCCGGGUACUGAAUAAACUCAGGUUGGAACAAAGCUCUUGUGUUUCAUUGCACAUCUCAUUCUCUCUCUUGUAGUGGCAACAAGUACAGAAGAACAGUUGGUAACUUUAG